GCGCAGACUCCUGAGUUCGAAGAGUGUUUUCUAUAGAGCUAAUCGGAGCCUCGUCCUUCAUGUUUGCACAGGUUUGUUUCUACCUAGAAGUAGCCGGGGUGUUAAUAAAGCUGUAAGAUAAAAAAGUGCAUCAGUGGGUGAUCUCUGAAAAGAAGAUAAACUGUGUGGAGAUCGUCUGUAACUGCUUAGUUACUGUUACAGGAAAGUUUGUAGAGAGAUAAGCUAACAGAGAUGUGGAGACAUCAGGUCAAACAGCGACUGGAUGCAGCAGAGGAGCAGAGUCAUGAAGUACUGGAUGCUGCUUCCAGCUCCGAGGAUUCCGAUGUUCAGCUAAUGCUAUUGGUGGAGGAAGAUGCUCCUAAAGAACAAAGUUCUGAUGGGAACCAGGAAGAUUCAGACUAUAUCCUUGUAAAAGAGGAACGGGAAGACCUCUGGGCCAAUUUGGAAGAAGAGAAUGACAAGGAAGAUACUGAUGAAACAUUAUUUCCAUUAAACAUAGUUAUUGUUAAGUGUGAGAAUGAUGAUGAAGAAGAUGAUAAUGAAAAAAAGUCUUUGUUCUCACAUUUUCAUCAAAAAGAAGGCGAUCUUCCAAGCAGCAGCAGCUUGGCUGACGAGAAGAAAGGAGAACUUGAUGAAGAUGACUGUGAAGUAGCAGGAUCCAGCAGAAAACUUCAACGAAACCCUUGUGGAGACACUUUGAACUCUUCAGACACUGAAGAAAGUGGAGAUUAUGAGGAGUCAAAGUUUCAUAACGCAGACCUUAAACCCCUGUCAGAUUCUGAGUCUGAAACCAAAGAUGGUGACAAUGACUGGGUUCCAGGUUCAGGUAGAAACCUGGUUAAAACAUCUCUGAGCUGCACCGAGUGUGGCAAUCAGUUUGCAAGCAAGCAUUCACUCAAGAGACACAUGAAAUGUCAUUCGAUCAUCCGGUCUUUAAACUGUUCAGUCAACAAUAAAAGUGUUCGGAAGCAGAAGAACUUAAAUUCCCCCAAAAAAGAUCCGGCAUCCAUUAAGUACUUUAGCUGUGACUGUGGAAAAAGUUUUACCAGAAGAACAGAUCUAAAGAUUCACAUGAGAAUUCACACUGGAGAGAAACCUUUCUGUUGUGACGUUUGUGGUCAAAGGUUUAACCAACAGGCACAUUUAAACCAACACACCAGAAUCCACACAGGAGACAAACCGUUUUGUUGUGAAGUUUGUGGGAAAAGAUUUAGCCAAAAGGCACAUUUAAACCGACACACAACAAGCCAUUCUGGAGAGAAACCCUUUGAGUGUGACGUUUGUGGGCAGAGAUACAGCCAACAGGCCAACCUGAACAAACACCGAAGGAGCCACACUGGGGAAAAACCCUUUGGAUGUGAUUUGUGUGGACAAAGGUUUAGCCACAAGGAGUCACACAAAAUCCAUAUGAGACUGCAUUCAGGGGAAAAACCAUUUGGCUGUGAUGUUUGCGGACAAAGGUUUGGUCACAAGGAGUCCCAUAAAAUCCACAUGAGGACACAUACAGGAAUAAAGCCAUUUAGCUGUGAGGUCUGUGGACAAAGGUUUGGCUACAAGUCAAAUUUAAAAAUACACAUGAGACUCCACACUGGAGAGAAACCUUUUUCCUGUGAUCUUUGUGGACAAAGGUUUAUUCAAAAGGCAAAUUUGGACAAACAUGCUAGAGUUCACAUGGAAGGGAGAGGUGUUUUACUCUGAAUACCAGAAAGACCAGUUCUGACUCGGUUUGGUCUCCAAACUUAAAUUGUUAAAGGACUUAAGAUAGCUUCUGUUUGCAGGUUUCAGUGUUGAGUUGGAUUGUUACUAUUCUUGAAACAAAGCUGAUUAUAGCUGUUUUUAUCAUAUCAUCAAAUGUUCUGAUUUAUAUUUUAGUUAGUUUAUUGAUCAACACAAAUGUUACAUUAGCCAAAUUACUUUAAAAAGCUACUGGAUUGU